UUUGACAGCGGAAAUGAGGAGUCGCCACUUUUUUUUUUUUUUUACGCGUCAAGACCGUGGCUGAAAGUUGUCUUUCCUCUUUUUUUUUUUUCGUUUGUUGAGGAAGAACUGUCGCGUGCGCUCACUAUGAGAGAGAAAGCGACGAACUUUUUAACAUGCAGCUUUUCCCCCGACGUCCAGUUUCCUGUUGCUCCUCAACGACGUCGUUUUGAGUUACUUUAGAUGCUUCUCAACACAUUUCCGUUAUGCGAAGUCCAACUUGUUGGUUAGUCGUCGUGCUGCGGUGGGUGCCCAUCCGAGAUAACGGAGAACUGAUUCUCAGCCGCUCUGGUUACUGCAAUGAAUGGUAACACUAUCCAUCCAGCCAACACCACCACCAACACAACAACAGCAGGAGGAGGCCCCGGCGUGGCAGCGCCCCCGAGAGGCUGGAGGGAAUUCUGCGAACUGCACGCCAUCGCCACAGCCCGGGAGCUUGCCGGACACUACCGGAGCUUCGCCAGAGAUCGGCCACAACAUGACGUGCUCCCACCGGAGAACUUCUCCAAGCAGUUCACCGACCUCUUCAAGCAGCACUUCUGCUGCGAGGUCGACAAAGAUGGUGCUCUGCUCUGUCAGAACACAUGCUCCAAUUCUACCGGUAGUGCUUCCUUCACUACUCCAGUGGCCCCUCCUCCCCCGUCACAGACUGUGAUUGGUCGAUUGCGGAUCACAUCUUUGUCUGGGGUGCAGGACUAUCGCGAGGCGGGCCGGCCAAGUGGAGGAGCUGCUCUGUUCACUGUGGUGUCACCGAAAGUGGAGCCGGUGGUGGUGAGUCGGGACCAAGAGCAGCCGCUGCGAUGUGCUGCGGGUAGCUCCUUAUCAGGGAACCCGGUGGUGCUCAGAGGGUCAAAUCGUAGCAUAGGCAGCGGGCCGCUGCGUAGCCAUAGCAACGAGGAGAUCUCGGGCACCGAUCGGCGUCAGGUAUCUGAACGGUACUCCUCUGACUCCUCAACCUCAUACCCUGCACGCGCUGACGUCACACAUUUCUCUGUCAGUCAAAUCCGGCAGACCGUAAGACGGCUUCUCACGAAGCGGCCCAGCCCCCCCUCAUCCCAGGACCUGUCUCCUAGCAACCCAAACCCGACCUCCACCAACAACAAUCCCACCAAUAAUGGUGACAGAGUGGGCGGGAUUUCCUCCACAAAUGAGGAAGUGUCAUCUUGUUCCUCUUCCUCCCACUCCUCCUCUUGUCUGAACUCGGAAGCCUUGCCCCCAGCCUCCUCACACAUGUCCAUGGCCGGAGUAGCCUCUCACUUCCUGGGUUGGUUACGGAGCGGAAGCAUGAGGCAGAAGAGGUCAGAGGUGAGCGGCUGCUGUAAAGAGGGCCAACUGAGGUACUUGCUGGUGGAAGACACCAUCUCAGACACUCAGCCCCGCUGGCAACGCUGCCGCCUGCUGGUCAGGAGGAUCAGGGACGCUCAAGGAGCAGGAAGAGGAAGAGGAGGAGGAGAGAGGUACCAGUUGGAGCUCUAUGAUCCUCCAAAGGCCUCCAGUCCCAAGAUGACGACUCACUGCUCAGAUAUCCAAGAAGUCCGUCGUUGCAACCGGCUGGAGAUGCCUGACAACUUAAACACAUUUGUUUUAAAGGUUAAUCGAGGUAGUCUGAUAUUUGAGACGGACAAUGACUCGCAGGUCAGCUCCUGGACCACAGAGCUAAAAGAAUUUAUCAACAACAGGUCAGGCAGCGUGGAUCUGGAGCCCCUCCCCUCCCCAGCUGACAGCGCUGCUCCAGCCAAUCACAGAGGGAGCUCAGAGUUAGGAAGUCAAAGCCCCGUCACAUUCACCCUGCCCCAGGAGGUCGUCCAGAAAGCCGAUCACUUCCUGUUCUCCUACCCCUGGUUCCACGGACCCAUCUCCCGCGUCAAGGCCGCCCAUCUGGUUCAGAGUUCUGGACCGCAGGGCCACGGAGUGUUUCUGGUCCGACAGAGUGAGACACGAAGAGGAGACUACGUCCUCACAUUUAACUACCAGGGAAAAGCAAAGCACCUGCGCCUCUCGCUAACAGAAUGGGGUCAGUGCCGGGUUCAGCACCUGCGCUUCCCCUCUGUCAUGGACAUGCUCAGUCACUUCCGCCUCUUCCCCAUCCCGCUGGAGUGUGGAGCCGCCGGCGCCGUCACUCUGUCCAGCUUCGUAGUGGCGGGCUCCAGCCCUCCAUCACAGGGUCAGCUCUCAGGCGCUCUUCUCGUCCCUUUCUCCCUCCAUCGGUGGAGCUCUGAGCCCAGCUUGGCUCACUGCAGCCUGGCUCGCAGCUGCAGUCAGCCCCGUUCCUCCUGCACCACCAGCACCAGCACCAGCACCACCUCCAGGCCCAGCUUUGCUUCUCAGCCUGGAAACCGCCUGCUCACUCGCACCAACCCCGUUCCUGAUCCUCCUCUGUCGGCCUCCGCUCCUCUUCGCCGGAGCGAGUCGGUGGGGAGGAGACCCCUCUUACCCCGCCACCCCAUCACCCACAUCCCUCAGCGGGACCCGGACUAUGAGCUGGAGCCUGAGCGAGGUCGCAAGCGGGCGAUAGACAACCAGUACAUGUUGCUCUGACCCGCUGAGGCAAACACAUCCAUCACCUCCGACAGACAGCCGUCACCUGUGAAGCAGACCAGUUCAUACAUGCGUCAUACACACACAUUUUGUGACACCCGGCUUCACGUGAGUGUGUGUGGGACUCUCAGAGAAUGCACGAUCCUAACAGGAUUAUAGUAGACUCAUGAACUUGAGCGAACAAGUCUUUUUCUGAUGUCAAAACACACACACACACACACACACACACACACACACACACACACACACACACACACACACACACACACACACACACACACACACACACACACACACAGUCACUAUGUCUGUGCUGGGAGUGUGUUUACCAGCGUCAGACCCUCACAACCUCCACCCUGAGUGUCCACAGUGAAUGUAUUUUUGGGAGUUUUAUAACAGUGUUGAGUAUGAUGAUUAUUCCUGUUUUAUUGAUGUUGAGGUUCUGUGUGAGAGAGGGUGAGCCACAUGUGUAGCUGUCCUCCAGCCCGGGCAAUUUAAAAAAAAAAAUUCUAUUCUUAUGAUUUCAAAGAGGUUUGCUUGUUUUAACUUCUUUGACACUUAACCUGAACUAAUGGGAAAGCACUGUUUGCAAUUGGUUAAAUCAAGUGCUCCUUCAAAAAUAUUUAAAAGACAUUUGCUCUCCACACACAGAACUUUGUGUGGGGUGAACUCACACAUAUUUAUGUUAAAACACAAACAAGAAAGCACUCUUACUUUAGAGUGUCUACGCACUCUAUUAGAUAUUCCUCCUCUUGCUCAUUAUUAUAUAUUUAAGUGCACAACGCUUUCAGUGCACUUUGGAAACAAUGUGUAUAUUUUCUAUACACAGAUUCUUUUGUAGAAAAAAAAUAGUAAAAGGGGCAGACUUGGUUAAAGUCCGAUUGGAUCUGUUAAUAAAAAGUGAUCUUUUUCCACCACUACAAAUCUUCGCUGCAACAAAAACAAAGAACCACAGGAUUUUUUCUAAAUCAGUUUUAUCAGCACUGUUGUGUCUGGAUGUGUCUGUUACGUAUGUGAGACGAGUGAAACUGUAGUCUAGUUUAGUGUAGUCUGGUAUAAUACUCACCCUUGAAUCUGUGUGGGGGAAUUUGUGUCCCAAAACACACGGCUAUGUUUUCAUGUGUCACAUGUAUUUCAAUACCAAAGGCAUUAUGUGCUCAAAAUGAACUUUUGAGGGAGCACAACGUGUCACAGGGUCUCACAGAAACAAGUCUUGCCACAAAAAUCAAAGCAAAAAGUAAUGAUACAAAUAUAUAUGAUAUAAACACAAUAAAAUAAUAUAUAUAUUUUUUUACAAGAACAAUGGUUUGGAUUUAAAUGGAUUGAUGGAUAUCAUUAUUACCAUAUUAAUUUGUUACACAAAGACAGUCACCAUUACUGAUUGUAUUUACAGAUGUGACAUCAGAACCAACAUCAGGAGAAAAGAUGAAUUCUAGUUUAUCUUUUCCCCUUAUGGCAACUAAGUGUUACAAAUCAGUAAUGGCACAUUAAUUAUACUAUAAUAAUUUCACUCCAAUGUAUUGAUUUUGUGGCAUAACAAGUAUUCUGUGUCAACAAAGUGAGCCUUAGCAGAAAGAAAACAUAAACUAGAAAGGUUUCACUCUAAAGAGCGUCGGAGGGGAAACACUCCAUUUACAGACCAAAACAAAGGAGGAAUCAGAUAUAUGAACAUUCUGAAUGAGGGUCAAAGUGCUGGAAACUUCAUUUCAGGUUUGAAAUGUUUCUUCAUCUUACAUCAAACCAUUAAAGGGCUCUUAAAAGUAGACAGUGGUAUGAUGCAACACCGAGUUGACUCUGUAGUCAAACAAGUUCCUCUGUAGAUAUUAACUUUUUUUUUUUUUUUUUUUUUUACAACUUCUACAGGCGAACCUUGAUUCUUGGAGUAGCGUCAUGUCUACACUCGUAUUAUUUAAUAUUUUCUGAACAACAGCAGCCAAUAGAAAAACCAAAAUGAAAAUAAUAUAUAUUUGUACACUAUACAUACAUUUUGAUAGAACUCAGGUGUGAAUAUUGUUGUCAAGAGCUGAUUUACUGUUGGAGGUUGCAUAAAGGAAUUCAUACCAAAAUUAAGCCUUUACCAAAGCAAGCAUUUUUUUUUUUUUUAAUCAAGUCACCAGUUAUCAGGGCGUUUUCAUAUUAUCGACCACCAGGCCUGAGUUUCCUCAAAAGCAUCUAAAAAGCUGAUUUGUAACCCAAAGUGUUUUCUUCUUGAGAUCAGCCUGUGACCACGCUAGACUAGUUUCAGUUACGUUCUUACUUGUGAAUCUCGUCUCUCCUCACAGAAAACAAAGAAUGGCCUAUAAACAGCGACCAGUUGUCCACAUAAACGCAGUAGUUUUGACACACAUCAAAGAGGACAUUUUCUGUAAUUUUGUUCAAUUAACUGAAGCUUCACUUCCGUUAGCGACAGUAUGACUUUGGGAAAUAGUGUGCUAGGACUUGUGUGUCUGUCUUCUAACCUUGCUUAAACACUAACUUUAGCAGUUGAUUAAGAUUUACUUCAGUAACCCUAUGCUUAACGUAUGGUUUUGACCUGAUUUGGUCUGUCUCUCUGCCCUCUUGCUCAUUGUAGUUUCCUGUAUUUUUAUAAGAGAAAUGCCUAAAUACAACUUAAUUUCCUCAUGAACAUAACCAGAGUAUGUCGGCUAUGAUUACUCCUCUUGUUAUGCAAUAAGUUAGCUUUAUCUACCCAAGGAACAUUUUUACAAUGGUUGUGUAGUUCUCUUAAAUAUCUAGUAUCAUCAUGAUCAAGACUGACAUCUUUAAAGUGUUUAUAAGGGGAACAAAAACAAGGACAUUUUUGGCAAAAGUACGGUUGGUCUUCCUGCCUCUAUGUGCCCGAGUCUAAACAAAUCCCGCAUCACUUCUCUCUUUUGAUUCUGCUAAAGGAAAGCAACGGUAACAAUGACUUUUUGGACUAUCAGUCCCUUCUCUUUGCUGAUCAAUAGUUUCAUUUUGUAGGGAGGAGGACUGUGCCUUUGCCAGAAAGCUGCUGUUGCUUCUCCCCUUUUUGAAAGCUCAGGGUGUGAUGUGGUGCAGAACUUGUUUAGUGCAAUAUCUGAGAGAUGCCCAGUGCUUCACACCUUUUUAUGUAUGAAAGAAGCGAUCAGAGGCUUCUAGAUGGAUGAAUUAAGUGAGUGAGAAUUCAAUGUUGAAGACUGAAGUAAAAAUAUUCCCUAAAUGCCAGAAAUCCCAGAUAAAAAUGCUAUAUUUAAAACCAGGGCUACCACAUUUUCCUACUGUUUUAUGGCUUUUCAUUUUGUGUCAUGGUGUGUCAAUCCAACGUGUCCGCAAGAAUCGAGUUAGCACUUCCUUAACAAAGUCCCAGUGUACCUCAGGUGUCUUUAAUCCUCAACAUCUGCUCCAGCAACACGUUUCGUCUCCCCAAUGUCCAGUUGAUGAAUGUAAUGUGUUCUCAAUACUGUUCAUUCUGUUUGUUAACUUAGCACUGUAAACAUUCCAGUCCAACUCAACAGCCAAUGAAAACCACCAAAGCUUUUUAAAAUCUGUCAUUUUGUCUGCAUCCCUUUCAGUUAUAAGCAUAUAAAUAAUAUUAAAUAUAUAUCAACUGUAUAUUUGACUUUUGUAAAAUAAACCUAACCAAAAAAAUGAUGCUCACUCUCUGAAGUCUCUGUGCCGCCUUGUUCUCUAGUACAAUAGUUAUUUGCUAUUUUCGACACACUUUAGAUUGUAUUUUUUUAUGACUUUUUUUACAUACUAUACUAUGACUUUUUUAAAAUUCUAU